UAAGAUGAAGAGAAGUGCCUCGCAAUUUAUUAAAUUUGGUUCCAGAAACUUCACAAUUGCCUCUCCUAGCUGUUCCUGGAGGAACCAAGAGGAACAGUUUAUGUCAACUUAUGGAAAGGUGACUGAUAUGCAAGUUUUCAGCAGAAUAUUGUCAGAAGCGGAGUUAAUGAAAAUAACAGGUUGUGAGAUAUCAACCGAGGGUGACAUUAUAAGCUGGAAAAACUCAAAAUGGGAAUUAAUUGGAGCAAAGAAAAUUUCUACGAAGGAGAUUUUGGAUUUGAAAUCUGAUAUUUGUAAAUCAUCAAAUUUUAGCAUUCAUUUAAUUCCCAUAAAACGUGUAAACCAACCCUGGAGUGCUCACACUUGCAGUAAAUUAUCUGGAAGGCAGCUUACAUAUGACAAUAAAGAAGAAUUUGAAGAUAUUGUAAAAUAUUUUUCCUCCUCAAGAUUUGAAAACUCUAUCUGUUCAAGUAAAGAAGAAAAUAAUUAUCUUUUCAGGGUUUGGUUUGGUACAAAUGACGAGGAAACAGAAGGAGUUUGGAGACAUUUUCACAACAAGAAACAAAUAUCCUACUUAAACUGGAGAUCUGGUAGACCAUAUCUAGGGUCUACAGAAUAUAACUGUUUAGAACUAUAUGGUAGUUAUAUUCCAACCAACUCCAGUUAUUCUAAAAUCAUCGACGCAACUGUGGGAGAUACAGAAUGUACUAGAUAUGCCUUGUGCAAUGCAUGUAUAGUAGAUUCCCCUGUAAGAAAACUGUUUGUACGAGGACUAUGCCGCGAAUCUAUAUUUGAUGAUGAAUAUCUAUACAAUAUUAAUAUGGAUGGAUCUAUUCUAUACAUGGGGAUUACAUCUUCAAUUGUCAUCUAUAAUAAGGAAACCUUGAAAUGGCUGUGGUAUGAUAGAAAGGAUAAUUCGAGUCUUGCUUUUUCAACUUCAAACGAGGACUCACUUCUACUUGGUAUUAACAAGUUUGAUUUUAGUGGAGUUAGCUCUGACCCGUGUAAGCAUGUUGAUGAAUCUACCCUGAGAAACAUCAAGUUUACCACGUGUUCGCAAAACCAGUUUACAUGUGACGAUGGUCAAUGUAUCGACAUGGAUGAAAGGUGUGACCAAACUACAAACUGUUUGGAUGAAUCAGAUGAAAAUACCUGUAGAAUGAUAUAUCAGAAGGAAAACUACAAAAGAACAAUUGUCCCCUUCAGGAAUUUAUUUAAUUAUAAUUUUUAA